AUGCAGAACAUCUUGGAUAAGGCUUACGACAAGUAUGCCCUAACUAGUUCUGCACCAACAAACACGCACACGGAUUUACUAUGCGAUCCAGACCUGGUUGAGGACUACAAAGAUAUAAUGAGAACGAUGCCCAAAAGACUAGGACACGAUGAAGAGAAUAACAGUGUGAAUGGCAGCGUAGUGAUCAACGCUGCAAGCAACUCUAACUCUCCAGAAAAGGACACCAAGACUGACAAGAAACCGGUACUUUUCACUUCAUCCUCAUUAACUAUUGAUGAAACCCGUACAGAGCAUAAAACAACAGAAGUGUCGAAAUUCGACACAGACUAUGAAUACAGCGAUUCUGAGUUCGAAGAGGACAUGGAGAAUAGACUUCAGGACCUUCGCUCAACCGCUAAGCAAGAAUCAAAUGUGGCACUUUUCGCUGACGAGAACAACGGAGAUCAACAGAACGCAGCAUCUUCCACAACAACCAGCUCAUCAUCCAAAUUGUCAUCAUCGUCAUCGUCAUCGUCAGAAGAAGAAGAAGAGGAUGAUUUGACCACGGCAGUAACAAGCAUCGAGCCUUAUAGAGACCCCCGAGAUGAAGGACAUGAUGAUGAAGACGACGAUGACGACGAAAUGGACCAGGACUUUCAACCGCUCGCUCCUCCGGAAGAAAUUGACCCCGGUAAACUUUACGCAUUGUACCCCUUUCAAGGCCCUGAUCCUUCGCACUGCCAGCUUUAUCAGGACCAAGCAUGUGUGCUACUAAACGAUCAAGACUCGUACUGGUGGCUCGUGAAACGCUGUGACGACGGCAAAAUUGGGUUCGCUCCAGCCGAAAUUCUCGAAACGUUUCCUGAGCGUCUUGCCAGGCUCAAUUGCUGGAAAAAUGAAAAUAUGUCCAGCCAAUCAGUCGACAGUAGCAAUUUAAAAGUUUUCAAGGUUGCAGAAAACGCUAGCGGUGAUGAGGCCAGCCCCACUCCUCUACUACCGUAUUCGAAAAAUAGCAAAUCCGUGAGCUUCAAUGACGUUGUUAGCUAUGCUGAGAGACUGUCACGCGAAAGUGGGUCAGAUUGCAGCUCUUCUGAGCUGGACGGGCUGGACGACACUGACAAAGAGGGUUCCGACCGUAAUAAAAGUGUCGAUACUGUAGGUGAGAUAUACGAAGCAGCUUUGCAUGCGCAUGACGACGACGAAGAGGACGACGAUGCAAGCGUGGCGGUAAGCGACGUUUCGUUCAAUACAGGCAGUGCUCUACCUCUCAAUGUUAAAAAAGUGAGGAAACCAAGCCCAGAGCUCGAAAGUGGGGAAGUCAAGACCCUGAAGCUUCAAGCCACAGACACACAAGAGCUGGAUACUCAUCUGUCUCCGCUUGCAUCGGGAAGUAAAGCAGCAGCACCUCCCGCUGCCUUAGACGACGGCCUACAACAGACCUUCAAAGCACCAAUCAUACCUUUUGCAGGUCAUAAGGAGAUGCCGAACUCAAACUCGAAUUACUCCAUAUCUACGAUAGGGGAUUAUUCACCAUCGUCUUCGGAAUGGACAAAUGAUUCUCCCCAAGUCAAUAAUGGCACUUUUGAUACGGGUGCGAUCGCUGUUGAGAGUAUACCUUCCUCCAGAGCCAUAAAGGACAUUUCUAAGCUUGUCAAUCUUGAUAAACCUGACAGUAAUUUCAUGGAUCCUACCAAGGGCUUUGAGAGAAUGGAAGAGUCAUCCCAGCAAAAACCAGAGGAUAAAGCUACAGACCCGCUACCGCAAAACGAAGCUGCUCCACAUCAUGACGGACAAUCCAAGUCAGGCUCUUUUACCAUCCCGGGUACAAGUGGGGACUACUCACUCACAUCACGAACCACCCAUCGUGAAAGCACUUCUGCAUCUUCCGAUGAUUCUUGCAUAGACGAAGGACGAGGAACUUCGACAACCACCAUCAACAGCACUUUUUCGCUCAGCGAAGCAAAAUACCAAUAUGGCCACCACCCGAUCGUGCACGAGCUCUACAACCCGCUGUUUGGCAAAAUAGACGACCUGCUUGAUAAACUAAACAGCGUCAUGCAUGAAUAG